UACGUAACCGUGACCAUAGCCGUGAAGUUCAGACAUCAACAACUCCUCCUCCUCCUUCUGAAUUGCGGAAAUUGGCAUAUCUUUAAUUGUUAAUUGAAGUAAUUUAAAAGAAUGGCCGAAACCGUCCCUGAUCGGUUUUCGUUUAAUCCAUAUUCUGAAAAUAGUAAACAUGACAGCUCGGAGGGUUGUGAUGACAGUAAUAUUACAAGCGGCCCCCGAGUAGUCACUAUUUACAAAACCGAAACGGGUUUUGGAUUUAAUGUCCGUGGUCAAGUCAGUGAAGGAGGCCCCUUAAAAAGUAUUAAUGGUGAACUUUAUGCCCCUUUACAACAUGUAAGUGCCGUUCUAAAAGAAGGAGCUGCUGAAAAAGCUGGCAUAAGAAAAGGAGAUCGUAUACUUGAAGUAAAUGGCAUAAAUGUAGAAGGAGCUACUCACAAACAAGUUGUUGAUUUAAUCAAGUCUGGUGGUGAUAAAUUGACUCUCACUAUAAUAUCUGUUACAGCUCAAGAAGCUGAAAGAUUAGAACCGAGCGAUGAGUCAUCGGGCUAUUCUUACAUUGACUACAGUGAAAAACGUUCAUUACCCAUUUCAAUUCCAGAUUAUAAUUGGAUUGAAAAAGGAGAUAAGUUUGUUGUAUUCAAUAUAUACAUGGCUGGAAGGCAUUUAUGUUCUCGUAGAUAUCGUGAAUUUUCCAAUUUACAUUUGAAUCUUAAGAAAGAAUUUCCCGAUUUCAAUUUUCCAAAACUUCCUGGGAAAUGGCCAUUUACAUUAUCAGAUCAACAACUUGAUGCACGACGAAGAGGACUAGAGCAAUAUCUUGAGAAAGUUUGUGCUGUGAGAGUUAUAGCUGAAAAUGACAUCAUGCAAGAGUUCCUAACUGAUAUGGAUGAUGAAAAUGGUGGAAGUUCAGCAGCAGUUGAUCUGAAAAUAUUGUUACCUGACCACUCAACUGUAAUUGUUAAUGUCCGCAAAAACAGCACUACUGAAGAUGUUUAUCAAGCUGUUACUGAGAAAAUUAGUUUGUCUAAAGAGCUAUCGAAAUAUUUUGCUUUGUUUGAAAUUGUGGAAUAUGGAUUUGAAAGAAAAUUACAAUUAAAUGAAUAUCCACAUAAUUUGUAUAUUCAAAACUAUAGUACUGCCACAUCAACUUGUCUGCUCAUAAGGAAAUGGUUGUUUACACUUAGUAAAGAAAUAGAACUUUCAGAGGACAAUACAGCUGCAACAUAUUUUUUCUGGCAGGCCAUUGAUGAUGUAAAUAAAGGUCAAAUUAAACCUGGAAACAAAUUAUAUGAAUUAAAAGCUCUGCAAGAUUCAUCACGUAAAUUAGAAUACUUAAAAUUAGCAAGACAACUAGAUGGGUAUGGUGAAAUAUCUUUUCCUCAUUGCUCUUGUGAUGCCCGAAAAGAUGGACAUGUAGUAGCCAGUAUAGGUUUAACCAACUUCAAACUACAAGCCUGUAAAGAUGAUGGAACUCUAGAGUCCCAGAUAAUUGACUUUAAUUGGGAAACAAUUAAGGAAUGGGAAGUAGAUGACGAAGGAAUGUCUUUUACCUUUAAAUAUGCUCCUCCUGAUAAAAAGCCUCGUUUUGUAAAGAUUUUUACACCUUAUGAGAAUAAACUGGAGAAGUUUCUUUAA